UAGUCCGUCGCGGUUCGUCUCCGUCCUCUCGGUGUCUCUUCGGUUCAGGUCAGCACGAGACAAAAUGACCUCAGAUUUAUUUCAAUGAAACGCGAUUAACCGAUUGAUCACCGGCGGUUUGUUCACAUCAGAAAUGACGUGUUAAUCCGGUGUUCGGUGACGACAGCGGCGUUUCCAGUGGAGCUACAUGCUAAUGCUAACAGACAGGAUGUCGUCAUUCAUUCAUACUGAGGGGACGUUAUUAAAAACACGCUGAGGACACGCUGAGGACGAGGUCUGUGUCCAGGUUCUUCAGUCAGACAUGAACUCCACACGGUGCUGAAGAUUUAAAAAUCAUUUUGCGACGUGUCCGACAUGUGGAGGUGAAGACACAGUGUGAUGGACGCCAUGCUGUCUCACAGCAGGAGGACACUGGCUCUUGUGAGAAGCUGCUCAGGUGUGUGCAGGACAUGCUCGUCCUCCAGCAGCAGCCCGUCCAUGGCGUCUGAUGGCAGCUUGGCGGGACUCGUCCUUCGCUCCCGGUCCACAGAUGUGUACCAGAACCUGGCUCUGGAGGACUGGAUUGACGCCAACGUGGACCUGCAGCGCAGCGGCGUCCUGCUGCUGUGGAGGAACCGGCCAUCCGUGGUCAUCGGACGCCACCAGAACCCCUGGACCGAGUGCAACCUGCCGGCCAUGAGGAGGGCGGGGAUCCCUUUGGCCCGCAGGCGGAGCGGCGGCGGGACCGUUUUCCACGACCUCGGGAACCUCAACCUGACGUUCUUCACGUCCAAGAAGGCAUACGACCGCAAGAGGAACCUGAGGGUCGUCACCGAGGCUCUGAGGCGCGUCAGGCCGGAACUGGACGUCCACGCCACAGACAGAUUCGACAUCUUACUCAACGGACACUUCAAGAUCUCAGGAAGUGCGUCCAGGCUGAGCAGGAAGUCAUCCUACCAUCACUGCACGCUGCUGCACUCUGCCAACCGCUCCGCCCUUGCCGCCGUGCUCCGCCCCUCCUGCCCCGGUAUCCACAGCAACGCCACGCCCAGCGUCCCCUCGCCUGUCGCCAACCUGCAGGACCACGCCCCCACGCUGCACUGGGAGGAGCUUCUGGACGCACUGGUGCACCAGUACAACACAGAGUUCGGCCUCCACGCCGCCUCCACGCUCGUGGACCCGGCUGACGAGUCAGCGUUUCCUGGUAUCAGCAGGGCGGCGGCGGAGCUGCGCAGCUGGGACUGGACGUUCGGCAGAACACCAAAAUUCAGCGUCCAGACCGUCCUGGAGCUGACAGACACUGCCGGCGCUCGCAGCUCCGCCCGGCUGCACGUGGAGGUGAAGAACGGCGUGAUGGAGAGCUGUGAACUGGACGUUCCCGCAGACUGGCUGCCGCGGCGGCUGAGCGGCGAGCUGAGCGGCGUGCUGGUGGGCGAGAGGUUUUGCGCUCAGCGAGCGGCCGCAGCAGUUUGUGAGCUGCUGAGGUCAGAGAGCGGCGAGCUGCGGAGCAGACUGCACGUCCUGUGGGACGCCGUGGUGUCCGCCAUGGGCUGAAGUACAGACGACCAGCUGUGUGUGUUACAUCACUGUCAUCGUUUUUUUGCACAUAUGGCCAUGAGAUAAUUAAUCAAUAAACAAUAAAUAUAACUUUGGAAUAAAUAAAUAAAUGAAAAUAAAAUAAAUGUAUUUUCUCAUUUGAGGAAACAAAAGAAGUAAAACCAUAAAUAAAUUCUGUGUCGAUAAGUUUAUUAUCGAUUAUUGACACCAGUUCACGGCUCACAGCCAUCGUCACAGGUCAUGCCGCAGCGCGCAUGCGCAUCACGGCGGACUGAGCCAUGCGUGCAGCUAGGAGCUGUGACGUAGAGCGGACAGGAAACAGGAGGUGUCACUCUGAUGUUUUCUCCCGGAACUCAGACUCAUAAAGUUGUUUAUGAAUAUUUACUAGCAGUAUUUUUAAAUUACUUUCAACCUCAUAAUAUUUACUAACGUGUUGUUGAAUUAUGUGUCAAUUUAUUUCCGUUUAAGCCUGUUUAUCAGUGAGGUUCAUCGUCACUCUGUUUAAACAACACAACAUUAAAAAGAGAAACGGAACAAAACAUCAGAUUGUUUUUAUUCCCACAACAUAUCGUUUCAUAAUAAAAAUGAAAAGAAAAUAAAUAUUCUUAGAUUUUUAAAUUUUAAUUUGCAGAAUUUUGAUAUUUGCUUAAUAUUUUUGUGGCUUCUUUUUUUGUCGAGGUUGUUUCAUUUUCACACAAAUAAAACUGACA